AUGAACAUUGUCUACUAUGUUACAACAUUCAUUACAAACCUGCUCAUGACAGGCCUUGUCUCACUUCGCAUCUGGUGGGUAGUCCGGAAAAUGCGAAGAGAGGCAGGCGUGAUGUACGGUUCAAAGUACUUGCGUGUGGUCCACAUAUUGAUUGAGUCUGGUGCACUAUAUGCGGCACUGCUAUUAAUUUCGAUGUCAUCAAGCGGUAACACGCUCGGGGAUGUGGCCUCAGUCCUCCUGGUCAUGAGUACAGGCCUUGUCCCAACACUCAUUGUCAUUCUAGUGGCUCUCGGCAGGUCAGCUGAAUAUACAACCUCGGGAGGUAGUGAUACAGUUGUUCUCACGAUGGGAAUGCAGUUCGCCGAAGCUCCUCACAGCGCCGCUGAAGAACAGAACAUUGAGCUCCGAGCCCUGCACCUGAGGCCAACAGCUACUACACUGAACUCUGAUGCAGAGGAGGAACAUGUGCCAGCUGGUGAUACUAGAGAGAAGAAAUCCGACCUCGUCCCUGUAUGA